AUGAUAACUAAUCUAUUCUCCGUAUUCGACCCGUCCUCAAGCAUCUUCAAUCUUUCUAUAAAUUGAAUAAGAACAUUUUUAGGGUUAACAUUAAUCCCUUCCGCCUAUUGAUUAAUACCCUCCCGAUGACAUAUCUUCUGAAACUCAAUUCUACUAACCUUACAUAAAGAAUUCAAAACUCUUUUAGGCCCCUCAGGACAUUCAGGUUCAACUUUCAUUUUUGUCUCUCUAUUUUCACUAAUUUUAUUUAAUAAUUUUAUAGGAUUAUUCCCUUACAUUUUUACUAGAACAAGUCAUCUUACAUUAACUCUUACGCUAGCUCUACCCCUAUGACUAUGUUUUAUAUUAUAUGGAUGAAUUAACCAUACCCAACAUAUAUUUGCACACUUAGUACCCCAAGGAACUCCAGCAGUACUUAUACCAUUUAUAGUCUGUAUUGAAACUAUUAGUAACAUUAUCCGCCCUGGAACCUUAGCUGUUCGAUUAGCAGCCAACAUAAUUGCAGGACACCUACUCCUUACUCUAUUAGGUAACACUGGACCUUCACUUUCCUACAUAAUUAUAUCAUUUUUAUUAAUAGGUCAAAUUGCUCUUCUAGUACUAGAAUCAGCUGUUGCUAUUAUUCAAUCAUAUGUAUUUGCAGUAUUAAGAACACUAUACUCUAGCGAAGUAAAUUAA